GGGGCGGGGGCCCCAUGGGGCCGGGCGGCGGGGCGGCGCUGGCUGCUCGGCGCGCCCCGGCGGGAGCCGGCAGCCAUGCAGCGGGGCGGUCGGAGCCCGGGGCCCCCCUAUGGGGCGCGGGGCCCGGCGGGCGCCCCGGGGGCGGCGCAGGUGGCGGCCGGCAGCCUGCUGGCCCUGCUCAUCCUCUGGACGCUGCUCGGGAAUGUGCUGGUGUGCGCGGCCAUCGUCCGGUACCGGCACCUGAGGAGCAAGGUCACCAACAUCUUCAUCGUGUCCCUGGCCGUCUCGGACCUGCUGGUGGCUCUGCUGGUCAUGCCCUGGAAGGCGGUGGCUGAGGUGGCCGGGUACUGGCCUUUCGGGGCUUUCUGCAACGUCUGGGUGGCCUUCGAUAUCAUGUGCUCCACAGCUUCCAUCCUGAACCUGUGCGUGAUCAGUGUGGACAGGUACUGGGCUAUUUCCAGCCCAUUCCGCUACGAGAGGAAGAUGACCCAGCGGCUGGCGCUGGUGAUGAUCGGCGUGGCGUGGGCGUUGUCUGUGCUCAUCUCCUUCAUCCCUGUCCAGCUCAACUGGCAUAAAGGUGGGGACAUUGCCGCUGCUAGUGAUAUUGGAGAUGGAUUGGGUGCUGGCUGGGCGGCAGCGGGUGCUGUCACGACCUGGGCGGAUGAUAUGAGCACCACAUGGGUGGCAUUGGCAGCAGUGAGACCCUCUGAUGGGACUUCUGGCAGCAAUGAUACCCUCACUGGACCAUCAGAGAGCUGUGACUCCAGCCUCAACAGGACUUAUGCUAUUUCUUCCUCCUUGAUCAGUUUUUAUAUCCCUGUGGCUAUCAUGAUAGUUACCUACACUCGAAUCUACCGCAUCGCCCAGGUGCAGAUUCGUCGUAUCUCUUCCCUGGAGAGGGCAGCGGAGCACGCGCAGAGCUGCCGGAGCAGCCACGUGGAGUGCCACCAUCACACAAGUCUCAAGUCCUCCAUCAGGAAAGAGACAAAGGUAUUGAAGACUCUCUCCAUCAUCAUGGGCGUCUUUGUCUGCUGCUGGUUGCCGUUCUUCAUCUUGAACUGCAUGGUUCCCUUCUGCCAGAGCCCACCCAGUGACCCCCAUGCUGGCCUUCCCUGUGUCAGUGAGACCACAUUUAAUAUCUUCGUCUGGUUUGGAUGGGCCAACUCCUCUCUCAACCCCAUCAUCUAUGCUUUCAAUGCUGACUUUAGAAAGGUCUUCUCCAACCUCCUGGGAUGUGGUCAGUUUUGCUCUAGUACUCCAGUGGAAACUGUUAAUAUAAGCAAUGAGCUUAUCUCUUACAACCAGGACACCCUUUUCCAUAAGGAGAUAGCGACUGCUUAUGUUAACAUGAUCCCAAAUGUGGUUGACUGUGAAGAAAAUCGUGAGGACCCUUUUGAUAGGAUGUCCCAGAUCUCCCCCGACCAUGAGAUUGCCACUGACUCUGUCUGUGAGCUGGACUGUGAGGGGGAGAUUUCACUAGGCAAAAUAACACCUUUCACUCUGAAUGGUUUACAUUAAAUUGCAUCCUGGUCAGUUCUUCUUGGAUUAUACAACAAAAUAUUGGCACUGAGUGGAAAAAAACCUGCUUGAUUUUGUGCUAUAGUUUGGUUAGUCACUUCACGCUAAACUCACUUCUAUGUGUAGCACUUUGCAGGGUACAGACACUGUCAUGCAGGGAGCUGGCAGCACAGACUUAAUUCAGCGCUUCCCCAGGCUGAGGGAGGGCCAGGCAGUCUCCUUAAUUAGCUGUGGUGAGGUAUUGUGGUAUAAUUGCUGUCAGUUCAUGUUUAUAAUGUGUUUGCAAAUGAAAGGUGCCAUUGUCAGUGCUAAGUAUCAUGACUUCUAAUAUCAGGGAGAGAUGUGGCUGGCAUAGACAUUACAUAGAAAAAAAUUCUAGGCUGCUUGUUUGUUCAGAUUUUUCAUUUCUUUUCCUCUGUUUUUUUUUUUAUUGGUUAGGGUUUGUUGUUUUGUUUGUUUGGUUUUUUUUUUUUUUUUAAAUAGAAAUAGUGAGGUGGUGAUUUGGAUGAUUAUUUAAAUGCGUGUUUCUGCCAAAACAGUUUAUGUGAAGUCCAUGUUCUCCUAGGCGGCGUUGUUGCCUAUUGAUAUCCUUGCCAUGUUCCCAGAUGAAUAAAUAAAAGUUAUGUUGAUCAAGGGGUUAUUAUCUUUCAUUUAUCACCCUGAAAGGUUUACAACAAAUAUUCAAAGUAACAUUUCUAUUGAAAUGGUUAGAAUGACUAACAGCUAGACCCUGUUAUUUUAAAAGCUAAAUCGUCUGUAUAGAAGAUAUAAUUUUUUAAUAAAAUCAAGGCGUAUAGGAAUGAUUGACUUAAAUGAACUCUUUUAUAUGGCUCUGCUUACAGCUAGAUUUACGCCUGUUUUUCUUUAAUAUUGUAACUGAUGCUAUCCUCUGCAGCUAUGAAUAUCAAGUAUACAUAAAUAUAAGCUAUUAAAACUUUCCACUUCAUUCCAUAUUUGAACUUACUUUUAAAGGAUACUGUUAAUGAGAAGAGUUUGGUAACAGAAUGAGGAGUUGGAUAUGUCUAAAACCAAUAAUGGUAUUUGGAACUGCUGUUAAUAAUUGGCAUUUACCAGUCUAGAUGUUAGAGUAAACAUUCAAGCCAAGAGAAGAAAAAAUUAUGUUGUUGUAAUUUUUUAGUUAUUUACUUAUUAACUGGACUUUGAGUGCUUUGGCUCUACAAAACGUUCUAAAGCGGUCUUUAAAAAUCAUAAAAAAAGUAUUUUAAAUCUGUUGAUAUUGAAAACACAUCAAAUGGAAUAUUAUAUUUAGAAAUGUGUAAGCUUUCAGCUUAGAAAUUGAAAGUGAUCUUAUUUCCAAGACAAAUGAUCAAAAGUAGUAAAAGCAAUACCAAUAUUUAUUUAAAAUUUUAUUUAUUGAAAAUUUUGGCUUACAAAAUGAACAAUAUUUGAAUUAAUUUACCUUUUAAAAAUACCUGUGUCGUGAGCUGAGCAGAUUUAAAUUCAAUUGUAGGUUUGGAUUCAGUAGCACUCCCUCCUAAUGGCCCUGACCUAGGACCUCCCUGCAUCCUGCCUGGCUGGGAACUGAUGGCUGGGGGAAAAGUAGGAUCUGCACUAGGCAGCAUGUUUCAGGGCAAGUCCUCUAAGCAGAUGCUGGGUUUCCUGGAUGUUAUGCACUUAGUAUCGAGCCUCUUCGGAAGUCAACCCCCUAAUACUGGCUUGGGGAUUGUCUUACCUCUCCUUUGGAUUUAAGGUAGAAGAAGUGCAGGGGGCGUGUGAUUGUGGUUGCCUCUGCUGCAAUCCAGUUUUGUCUACAAGCAGUGUUUUGUAUGAGUAGAUAUUAAUUGGUUAUAUUGUCACUUUGGGUUACCUUUUUAAUGCUUGUCUCUGAAGACUGACAUCUACCUGAGCAUUUUCUUUGCUGUUGAUAUGAAAUCUCAGUGUAAUAUCCCUUCACAGUUGUCUUUGGGAAAGGGUAUUGUGGAUGUGGUUUAGGGAAGCUUGAGAAGCAGAGGUUCUAUGUCCAGAACCAGGUUCAGCCUACUAGUGGUUUGACAUUGAGAGUGAGUAUGUAAUUCUUUCUCUCUUAAGCAAUCAUGUGUUGCCAGGAGUUAACCAUAGUCCGAGCCCUGCUGGUUAGGUAUACUUCACCAGGGUGAAAUAUUUUUCCCGAAUAAAAAUGAAGGAAGCUGCUUCUGGUGGCACAGUGGUGAAUUACCUCAACCAGAAUUUAGAUUUUUGCAUUUUCUAGUUACUGCUCAAGUUUUGAGGCUAGUACAUACAGCAUGUUAAACUUUAUGGAUCUGUGCAAAAAGCCUGUGAUACUCAGCUGCAAGAGGUACAGGCACCUGCUGCCGAUUCCGUCUCCCAGGACAAUGCCUAUGGUUUAUGCAGCUUUGUCCAUAUUACAUCAGAAAUAGCCCAGGGAGAUGGGAAAGGGCAAACAGAUGAUCCCUUCCUCAGCACUUGUGUGCUAAGAGGCUAUACAGUCUGAUGCUGUGUGUUAGGAGCUGCUCCAGCAGCAGGACACAGCAGCAGAACAGUUUCAGUAGUAACAGGGUAGAGUGUCCCUCCACCUCCCUACGUAACCUUUCCUCUUCAAAAUAAUCCCUAUGCCAGUGGCGUGACAGUUUGCUUGGAUCUAGUUCCUUGCAGGUGUGGCGGAGGGGUAGAUGCAUACAAGAAGAUGCUAGUAUACCCCUUGACAGGGUUUUUUCUCCUCGUCAAUGCUUUACUGGCCUGGGUUUCUCAAAUAAGUGGGUGGGCUGAUGCUGGGAUGCAAGGAAAUUACAUCUCCAUCAGUGGGCUUAUGUAACAGCUUUGCACAGAGUAUUAGAAACAGUCUUAUUUUGUAUCUGAAGGAAGGCAUUAUUUAGCCUGCCCCCAGAAUUUGGGAGCAUGAUUAGGUCAAUACAGAAAACUUCGCAUUGCCACUUUCCAUUACUAAUUUUAGUUUAUGACUUCAGCUGCUUAAUGGUUUCUGAUGAUGGCUCUACAAUGAAAUCUCACUCUUAGAGUAUAUACCUGUUCAGGGGCUUCAUACUUCGGAGCCCAGGAGCAUCGGAAGGGAAACAUUUCUGCUUUGAAAGACAGAGAGAAGGUACAUUUCUGCCAGAAGCACAGACUGACCUUAAGGAUCUGAAACAAGACCUUUUUUCUUGACUUGUAACCUAGGGAUGAUUUGUUGCUGGUGUAUUCAGAAUUAGUAAGAUAAACUGUUAAAAGAAAUGUGUAGUUGCCUUGAACUAUAAAAAGGAGCAGACUGUUUUAAUGAAAACAUUCCCCAAAAGGCUUUUUUAAACUGGUUUCUCUCGGGUGAAACAGCUGCCUUACUUUUUUAAUAGUUUCACUUUUAAGGACUAAUGCAUCUGCCUAGCUGUAGAGCAGAGUUCAGUGGAAGGGCAAGUAGGUUUUCAUAAUCCUAAUAUCCUUGUGGUGUCACUCUGGAACUCACCUGUGCCAAUGGCUUAGUGCCUCACAUGAACAUGUUUUCUCCCAUGAAAGUCACCUCUCUCCUGUCGUGCCUUUUACUCCCUAAUUAAGCAUGAUCACUUAUUGCUAGCUCGGUUUUUAUAGGUUUUUCUCUUUUUGUCCAUUGUACUUUAAUAAUUUGAAUAUACAGUAUAGUUGGCUUUGAGUCAUUGUUACUGUAGUCUGUGUGGUGGCUGAUCUUGAAGAUUCCUGAUUGUUUUCAGUUUCUAUUUUGUGUCACUGUUUAUAUAUCCUACCUUGCAAUACGUGUUGCUGUUAAGUUACCACCGAGCCAGCCAAAUCUCCUGUUACGGCUGUUUCUGUUAGUCCUGGAUAACUCUGUGCCAGAUGACGGUCACUGUAUCAGUAGUCUGUGUGUUUUCUGAGUUAACUAAUGUCAAAGGAGUUCAUGUAAGUGAAAGAACAGAACAUGUGAAGGUAUCUUAGUUAAUUUUUUAAGAAGCUGGGAAGUGGAGGAUGUGAAAGUACAGUGUUUCAUGUAAAAUGCUGCGAACACCAUAAAGACUCUUUUCACUGUUCAACACCCCCCUCCCCCCCCCCAAAGAGCUUUAAACAGCACUGGUUUUAACAAGGAGCAGUGGCUUGUGUGAUGUCUUUUAUUUGCCCAAAGCUAAAGAACUGCAGGUGACUUUCUUAGAGGUGAACACAAACAAAUCACUUUUAAAAUGGAAAAUAAUUGCUGCAAUAUUUUUAGGUAAGUUUAGUACUAUAUCCCUUUGCUUUCGUUGUGUUUUUCACUUUUGUCAGCCACACCUGAUAUGUUUGCAGGGAGGCUCCCUAUUAGAACUCCUGUAGUUUUGUAACAUAUAAUAACAAAAAGCUUCAAAAUUAGAAAAGCUUUCUGUAGAAAUAACAGUAAGCACAAUCUUACGCCAUUUAGGAGUCAAUCAUGUGUAAACUCAGCAUUCAAGAGACUGACAAGGCUAGAGGCAGUGUUCAGAACAUUUAUGGAACUGGAUGUUUGAGAGGUUACAAGUCCUUCAGCUGCUUGCAUGUGCCAAAAUUGUCACUUUUAACAAGGAUGGCAUUUUUGUCACUGUCACACAGAAGGCAGGGUAUACACCUAUGUUGGUGUUAAUAAUUAUGCAGAGAUUUUUCUUCCCUCUGAGGCCACCUUCACUACUAUUUUAUUGGAUUCAUCAGGUCUUUGAAAUUAUUCAAUGGCUAUUUCAAUCAGUAGAUGACCUCAGUGAUGGAUGUGGGCUUAGGCCCAUGGAGCAAUGAAUGGCUCAAAUAUUACUACUGGUAUUCUCUGCUAGUGGAUGAUGACAUGUUAAAGUUGGCGCACUGAACAAAAUAUUUCGCUGGAUGAUAUGCAGAAAUAAUUCUUUUAUUCAGAUUUACUUAUUAGUUUUCAAGCUUCAGAAGACUUUUCAACCUUUCCAAAGGAGCUUCCCAGAGCCCACACAGAACAUCUCUACUUUGAUCAUCUCUCAGAUCAGUUAACAACUGGUUGCAUUUUUAGUGCCCUAGUAACUAUGUGGUGCAUUGUGCUUUUGUGAAAAGAAUUAUGCCUCCCUCCAUAAGUUUAAGCUGAUGGUUUCAAAGGUGAAGGUAUACUUUUGGUGUAAAAAAACCUGUAAUUGAGGAAAUUUCCGUUAUUAAUGGGACAUCAAAGAUAUGCCUCUUUAUUCAGCCUUUUGUUUAUUGUAGCAGUGGUAGGACUACAGUGAGAAACAAUGGAAUUUGGGGUAUAAAGAGUGGAAAUAUAAAUAAUACUGUCAUCUGAAGCGUAUGAUGGGUUAUUUCUUUCAGGAAGCCUGUUGGCUCUCCCAGGAUAGUUUAUUUUAAUAGAAAAUUUACAAGAUGAUUUUAUCUUGUUGUAUGUCUAAAUCCAUUCUCAGUUAUGACUGGAGAUAGCCUUCAGUAAGAUUUAUAGUGAACUGAUAACUGUUUAAGGAGU